AUGUCAUAUGUUGAACAACAACCGUUGUUGGCCAAGUCGGGACGAGAUGUCAGUCAACGAAACGAUGCUCAAAAGUCUCAAGGACCUACAACUCGCGAUAAUACAGGUGGAAGCUCUAAAGGAGCACGCGUGGGAGCUCAGAGAACAUCAAGAACAGCACAGAAGCUUAAGCUUUUACCUGAAGAGCCCUUCAACAGUCCGAAAGAUGAGUAUUUGGACGCUACAGAUCGAGAUGUCUAUUCUCAGGUUAAUAGGAUCACAGAUACACCGGCCCGACGAGAUGCAGAAAAGCUCGGAAAAGGUCAAAGACAUUUGCUCCCAAGGGUGAGCGGAUACUGCACGGCAAGUUCUUAUAAUAUGAGGGAGGUCAUACGAUGGCUCAAAGACUGCAAAAAACUGCACCACACACAUCCAAAACUUUUUGAUGAGUGCCUAUUUACUCCUUUCAUUUACACAGACUGGAGAGGAGACAAGAGGUUUGCAGAUGAAGAUGUCAUACGGCUCGAUGACCAGGGCGGAGAAAUCAACGUAAGCGACAAACAGCCGGAUCUGUUUAUUUUUGAGUAUGGCGUUAUAGUGAUGUGGGGGUUCACAGAGCGAGAAGAGAAAGCGUUUUUAAAUGACAUCGAAAAGUUCGAAAAGGAAAAACUAGCAGAGGAGGAUGUGCAAGUCGAGGAGUUCAACUACUAUAUCACUCAGAGUUACCAGCCGCGAAUCUACAAUGAUUUUAUUACGCUAAGAGACGGUUCAAACUAUAUGAUCAAAUUAUCCAUCUCUCACGCAAUUGCACAGAGCGUGAAAAUAUCGCUAUUCGAGGAACUGGUCGAUAACACAAUAGAGGAUACCCAAGACAUACCGCAGCAAAUAGCGUCUAGCGGUAAGGUGUCGAUGAGCAAAGAAGACAUCAUGAAAAGUAUCGGGGAGCUAUUCAUUCUUCGCAUAAACAUCAACUUACAUGGAUCGGUACUUGACUCCCCAGAAAUAAUGUGGUCUGAACCUCAGCUGGAGCCUAUCUACCAUGCCACAAGAGGAUACUUGGAGAUCAAUCAGCGGGUGGCACUUUUGAAUCAAAGGCUGGAAGUAAUCUCAGAUUUGCUGCAAAUGCUUAAAGAGCAGCUGGGACAUUCACAUGAAGAAUAUUUGGAAUUCAUCAUCAUUGUAUUAGUCGGCGUUGAAGUCCUGGUAUCACUCAUAAAUAUAGUUGUGGACCUCUUUUCCGAAGCCAAAUGA